AUGAAGAUAAACAAAGCCCUUCCCUUGCUUGUUCUUCAGGCAGGUUCAGUGCUUGCUCAUACAAGAGAGGAUUCCAAUCCCCCAGUAUUUGACCCUCAUCGAGCUCUCUCGAAGCGUCAAGAAGCACCAUUUCCUCCCAUCCUCGAACCAAACGAGGCCAUCUUGCUCAACUCAUUCGACAAUGCUACCAUCGAGAGCUGGAGCUACUACUAUACUCACGGCCUACAUCUAGCAGGAACGAACAAGUCACAAUCUCAAUGGACGGCCGAUCGUUGGAGUGAGUUUGGGUUCACUUCCGGCUUGGCCUCAUAUUAUGUGUACCUGAACUAUCCGGUGUCACAUUCAUUGACUGCGACGCUGGCCAACGGGUCGACGUAUACGCCUCUGCUUGAGGAGGAAGUGCUAGCGGAAGAUGAAGUCACGUCUUAUCCAAACAGGGUUCCGAUUUUUAACGGCUAUUCUCCCUCUGGCAAUGCGAGCGCCGAGUACGUCUAUGUCGGGCGGGGUCAGAAGGUCGACUUUGAGCGCCUGAGGACAUUGGGAGUGCAAUUGGAGGGCAAAAUUGCCCUGUCACGCUAUGGCGGUCCUUUCCGCGGCCUCAAGGUGAAGAAUGCCCAGGACUAUGGCAUGAUCGGUGUCAUUCUCUUCACCGACACGGCAGACGACGGAAACAUCACAGAAGCAAAUGGCUACGCCGCAUAUCCUUACGGCCCGGCACGGAACCCCACGUACGUACAACGCGGAAGUGUCGAGUUUGUGUCCACCUACUCUGGCGACCCCGAUACGCCAGGCUAUGCUUCCAAACUUGACUCUCCGCGUGCUGAUAGGUCUGUUGUCAUACCACGAAUACCCUCUCUGCCGAUUUCGUGGAAAACCGCGCAGCCGCUUCUUCAAGCUCUGGACGGUCAUGGAGUAGAUGGCAAGACAGUGAAUCGGACGAACUGGGUUGGCAAGCUCAACGCGACCUAUUCGACGGGACCUGCACUGGGGGUUACAAUUUCCUUCUCGAACGUGGCGCGAGAUGAAAUCACCUGGAUCUGGGAUAGCAUCGGCAUCAUCAACGGAACUAACCAGGACGAAGUCGUCAUCCUCGGCAACCAUCGGGACGCCUGGAUCGUUGGUGGAGGAUCCGACCCAAACUCUGGCUCAGCUGUGCUGAUUGAGCUGGCCAAAGCAUUUGGGGCACUGCUCGCGACUGGAUGGAAGCCCAAGCGGACCAUCAUCUUGGCGAGCUGGGACGCCGAGGAGUAUGCCUCGGUCGGCAGCACAGAGUGGGUGGAGGAGUAUGUCCCAUGGCUAAAAGGCUCGGCGAUCGCUUACCUCAAUGUCGAUCAAGCUGUGUCUGGACCUGAUCCCGGUCUGUCAGCCACCCCUGAACUGCACGAUGUUGUCGCGGAAUCCCUCAAGAAAGUGGUCUACCCAUAUCACGGCUACAGCAACCUGACACUGUAUGACGUGUGGUACGGCUUGAGCGACGGCGAAUUCGGUGUUCUAGGGGCAGGCAGCGACUAUGUGGCCUUCUUGCACAACGGCAUUGCCUCGCUGGACACCGGUGCCGGCCAAGGCCCCAAUGAUCCCAUCUACCACUACCACUCCAGCUACGAUACCUUUCACUGGAUGAAAACGUUUGGAGACCCCUACUUCACCACGCAUAAAGCCAUAGGCCAGCACCUGGCCAUCUUGGUCUACCACCUCGCCAACGACGACAUCAUCCCCUUCAACGUUGAGAACUACGGCAUCCACUUGACGUCGUAUCUGAACGAUCUCCGCGACCUGGUGGAGUCGGAGAACGCGACCACCGCGCUGAAUUUGUCUCCGCUUGAAGACGCAAUUGCGAAGUUCAAUGCUUCCGCCGCGGCAAUCACGGCCUUUAUACAGACCGCCGCCACUGAAGUGGAGUUCAAGCUCAUCAACUCCAAGCUGAGGGAUUUCAGCCGUGGCUUUGUUUCUCAAGGCGGGCUGCCGACCCGAGAGUUCUACAAGCAUGUCGCGUUUGCGCCUGGUUUGGACACGGGCUACGCUCCUGUUACGUGGCCUGGCGUUACAGAAGCAGUCCAAGACGGCAAUUUGACGCUGGCUGGUUCGUGGGUGCUGAAGUCGGCGAGGGCCGUGGAGGUUGCGGCGGGGAUUUUGGCGCCGUAA